AUGGGCAGCGCCGCCACCGCCUCACCGCCGCCACCGCCGUCCGGGAAUCUGACGCAGGACGAGCUGAAGCGCGUGGCGGCGCACCGCGCGGUGGAGUUCGUGGAGCCCGGCAUGACGCUGGGCCUGGGCACGGGCUCCACGGCGGGCCACGCGCUGGACCGCCUGGGCGACCUCCUCCGCGCGGGCGCGCUGCCGGGGGUCGCCGGCGUGCCCACCUCCCUCAAGACGGAGGCCCACGCCGCCCGCGUCGGGAUCCCGCUGCUCCCGCUCGAGGACGCCGCCUCGGCCUCGGGCGCCGGCGGCAUCCGCCUCUCCAUCGACGGCGCCGACGAGGUCGACCCGGACCUCAACCUCGUCAAGGGCCGCGGCGGGUCGCUGCUCCGGGAGAAGAUGGUCGAGGGCGCCGGCGACCGGUUCGUCGUCAUCGUCGACGAGUCCAAGCUCGUGCCCAGGCUCGGCUGCACGGGCGCCGUCCCCGUCGAGGUCAUCCCCUUCGGCGCGCCCCACACGCUGGGCCUCAUCCGCAAGGUGUUCGACGGAGUGCUCGGCUUCCACGCCAGGCUCAGGACGGUCCCCGCCCCCAAGGGGGAUGGCUUGGACGCGCCGUUCCUCACCGACAACGGCAACUACAUCGUGGAGAUGUUCUUCGAGGACGGUAUCCGCGGCGACCUGAGGGACAUCAGCGACCGCCUGCUCCGGAUCACUGGCGUCGUCGAGCACGGCAUGUUUCUUGGCAUGGCCACUACCGUCAUCGUCGCUAACAAGGACGGCACCGUCACAGUCAUCAACAAGAAGUAA